GCUUCAUUUCGCUUUGUGACGGGCAGCGGGCAGGUAGCAAGCCGACUUUGAGCUGUAGUGCGGUAGCAAAAUCGGAUUCGCGUUCCUUUAAAUGGCGGUCUUUUGAAUAUUAUCGCAGUGCAGUGAGCUUUGCUGGAGAAAAUAUCGCCUCUGCCAUCGUCGAAAGUCGCAAAAACGAGUGGGAAAGUGGUUCUACUGUUGUGAAUUUGUGGUGUCGUUUGUUUUGCGGUGCGAAAUAGCAUCGGCAGAUUAUUUUUUCUCUGGACGGUGAAAAAAAGAAGUGAAUUCGGGUCGCUUGGGUUCAUAAUUUCCGCCUUCCGUUAACGGUAAAAGGACUUUUUGGUAAAAAGUGUCCGCGUUCGAGUGAUAUUUUUCGUUGUUUUAUCAAGAACCGGCGGAGAGGACUACUUGCUUCAAGAAUGACCGAUAUCCGGGCAGCGCUCGCUGCUCAGCAGAAUGGCUCUGGCGGCGCAGCAACGUCCAGCCCCAAGAUCGGCGGCAAGUCGAUCGAGAAAAUCUACCAGAAAAAGUCCCAACUGGAGCAUAUUCUGCUGCGUCCCGACACCUACAUCGGUUCGGUCGAGCAGCUCAAGGAAACAAUGUGGAUCUACGAUACGGAGGUGAACAAGAUGGUCCAGCGCGAGAUUACCUUCGUGCCGGGUUUGUACAAGAUUUUCGACGAAAUCCUGGUCAACGCAGCCGACAACAAGCAGCGCGAUGCCAAGAUGAGUGCCAUCAAAAUCGACAUCAACCAGGAAACGAACACGGUUUCGAUCUGGAACAACGGCCAAGGCAUCCCGGUGGUGAUGCACAAGGAUGAAAAAAUGUUCGUGCCGACGAUGAUCUUCGGGCACUUGUUGACUUCAUCCAACUACAACGAUGAGGAGGAAAAGGUCACCGGCGGUAGGAACGGCUACGGAGCCAAACUGUGUAACAUUUUCAGUACCAAGUUCACCGUCGAAACGGCCACCAAACAGUACAAGAAGUGCUUCAAGCAAACCUGGGGCGACAACAUGAGCAAGGCGUCUGAGCCCAAGAUCAAGGAAGACUACAGCGGCGAUGACUAUACCAAGAUUACCUUCUCGCCAGAUUUGAAGAAAUUCAAGAUGGAGAAGCUGGACAAUGACAUUGUAGGGUUGAUGUCACGACGAGCGUUCGAUGUGGCUGCCUCCACAAGAGGAGUGGCGGUUUACCUCAACGGCAAAAAGCUAGCGAUCAAAAACUUCAAAGACUACAUUGAUCUUUACAUUAAAGAUGUACAGGACGAUAUUGGAUCGCAGGUGAAAAUAGUAUACGAGAGCUGCAAUGAACGGUGGGAGGUGGCCGUGGCACCUUCUGACCGAGGAUUCCAGCAGGUCUCGUUCGUCAAUUCCAUUGCAACGACAAAGGGAGGUCGCCAUGUUGACUACGUCACCGAUAUGAUCGUGAAGCAACUGAUUGAAGUGCUGAAGAAGAAGAACAAGGGUGGAGUCAAUAUCAAACCAUUCCAAGUGAAGAAUCACAUUUGGGUAUUCAUCAACUGUUUGAUUGUUAAUCCGACAUUCGAUUCGCAAACCAAGGAAAACAUGACACUGCAGGCAAAGAGCUUCGGCUCUAAGUGUACCUUGUCGGAUAAGUUUGUCACCGCGGCAUCCAAAAUUGGUAUUGUGGAAUCGGUGCUGCAGUGGGCCAAGUUCAAGGCCCAAACCGAGCUCAACAAAGCGUCCGGUUCGAAGAAGUCCAAGGUUAAGGGAGUUCCGAAGCUGGAGGAUGCUAACGACGCCGGAACGAAAAAUUCCUUAAAUUGCACACUGAUUUUGACAGAGGGAGACUCAGCCAAGACGUUGGCCGUGUCCGGAUUGGGAGUUGUUGGACGUGAUACGUACGGCGUGUUCCCGUUGCGUGGUAAAUUGCUGAACGUGCGCGAAGCCACCCACAAGCAAAUUCUUGAGAACGCAGAAAUCAACAAUCUCAUCAAAAUUAUUGGCUUACAGUAUAAGAAAAAAUACCUUGCGAUGGAUGAUCUCAAAACGCUUCGUUAUGGCAAACUCAUGAUCAUGACUGAUCAAGAUCAGGAUGGGUCUCAUAUCAAAGGUUUGCUAAUUAAUUUCCUUCACACGAAUUGGCCUGAAUUGCUUCGCUUACCUUUCCUGGAGGAGUUUAUCACUCCUAUCGUGAAAGCGUCAAAGAAAAACGGCGAGGAACUUUCCUUCUUCUCGUUGCCUGAAUUCGAAGAAUGGAAAACCGAAACGGCAAAUUCCCACACCUACAACAUCAAGUACUAUAAGGGUUUGGGUACUUCAACCUCCAAGGAGGCUAAGGAAUAUUUCCAGAACAUGGAACGUCAUCGUAUCUUAUUCAAGUACGACAACGUGCAGGAUGAUGAAGCCAUCACGAUGGCGUUUGCGAAAAAAUGCAUCGAACAGCGGAAGGAAUGGCUCACCAACCACAUGGAGGAGAAUCGUCAUCGCAAAUUAGUCGGACUUCCGGAAAAGUAUCUCUACACGAAAACAACCAAAGCCAUUUCAUACAAGGAGUUUAUCAAUCUUGAGUUGGUACUUUUCUCUAAUUCCGAUAACACGCGUUCCAUUCCGUGUAUGGUGGACGGUCUCAAACCUGGUCAGCGAAAGGUCAUGUAUACUUGCUUCAAACGUAAUGAUAAGCGUGAAGUUAAGGUAGCCCAACUGGCUGGCUCCGUUGCGGAACAAUCGGCAUACCAUCACGGUGAAACGUCACUGUGCGGAACCAUUGUAAAUUUAGCUCAAAAUUAUGUUGGUAGUAACAACAUAAAUUUACUGUACCCGGGAGGUCAGUUCGGUACACGUCUUUGCGGCGGCAAAGACAGUGCCAGCCCUCGUUAUAUUUUCACCAUGAUGUCUGCUUUGACUCGAAUGAUCUUCCACCCGUUGGACGAUCCCUUGUUGGAGUACCAGUUUGAGGACAACCAAAAGAUUGAACCGGUCUGGUAUAUUCCUAUCAUCCCGAUGAUAUUGAUCAACGGAACAGAAGGUAUCGGAACUGGUUGGUCAACGAAGAUUCCGAAUCACAAUCCACGGGACGUCAUUGCUAAUCUACGCCGUAUGUUAAACGGAGAAGAACCAAAGGUUCUCCAUCCUUGGUAUAAAAAUUUCCGUGGGCAAAUCGAAUCUAUCGGUCACCAAAAGUAUCUCAGCAUAGGUAACGUUGCUUUGUUGGAUAAUCAGAAAAUCGAAAUCUCCGAACUACCAAUCGGCACCUGGACACAGAACUACAAAGAAAACACUCUGGAGCCACUGGUGAACGGAAAUGACAAGACAAAGGCUAUUGUUUCCGAUUACAAAGAGUACAACACGGAUACCACCGUUCGGUUUGUAGUUUCGUUCCUUCCGGGUGAGUUUGAUCGUAUCCUAGCCGAGGAAGGCGGUUUCCAUCGGGUGUUCAAACUGACCAGUUCUUUGUGGACGACCACAAUGCAUGCUUUCGACGAUAAGAAUUAUCUGAGGCGAUACGAUCAUGCCAACGAUAUAUUCAAUGAGUUCUACAAACUGCGCCUCGAGUUCUAUGGCAAACGCAAGGCAUAUCUUGAAGGGAUGCUGCAAGCAGAAGCAGAUCGUCUGACAGAUCAAGCAAGAUUCAUUGUCGAAAAAUGUGAUCGCACGAUUGUAGUUGAAAACAAAAAACGGAAGACGAUGAUUGAUGAGCUGAUUAAGCGAGGCUACCGUCCAGACCCGGUUAAGGAGUGGAAACGCAAACUCGCACUAGAUCAGGAAGAAGAAGAGGGUGACGCUGAAGAGGAAGAAGAGGGUGAGGAUGUAAAACCGGGAAAAUCCUCUAAGAAACCGGUUGAUCCAGAAAAGGCAUUCCAAAGGUUGACUGACGUGAAAAAAUUCGAUUAUUUGUUGGGUAUGUCUAUGUGGAUGCUCACGGAGGAACGCAAGAACGAACUGCUGAAACAACGCGAUGCCAAGUUGUCAGAAUUACACAGUUUACAGGCUAAAACUGUGGAAGUGCUCUGGGUCGAUGAUUUGGAUACGUUGAGCAAGAAGUUAGACGAAGUGGAAGAAAAAGAGCGUUUGGAUGAAAUUUCAACGGAGAAGAAAUUGAAAUCCGCAGCGACAAAGGGAGCCCGCGGACUCAUCAAGUCCAGCAAGAAAUCUGCGAUAGACGAUACCAAACCAAGCGCAAUGGGUGAAUCUGUCGAAUUCAAGGUCACAGAAGAGUUACUCAAAAAGCACGAGAAGCUGGCAGGCGGUUCAGCCAAUCCAAGAGUAAAGAAGGAAAAGAAGGAACCUGGAGAAGGCGGAGAGGAGGUCGACGAAUUCGAUGCUCUCAUCGAUGGCAAGAAGCCCAGAGUUAAGAAGGAACCAAAAGAACCUAAAGAACCCAAACCUAAAAAAGAGAAGAAAGAGAAGGACGGGCUAAAACAGGCCAAAUUGAACUUUGCCGGGGCCAAGGGAGCCGGAAAAGGAAGAAAAAAGAAAGCCACUACUUCGGAUGAAGAAGACAAUUUCAACUCUGGUGCUAGCGGUGACGAUUUUGGCGUAGAAGUAGCUGUCCCAACCCGCGAGAAGACCGAGAGGCGUGCUGCGUCAAAGAAAAUCAACUAUUCGUUCCUGGAUGAUGAUGAAGAGGACAAGAACUUCGAUAGAUCGGACGAUGAAUUGUUCGAUAACAAUCCAGAAGCACGUUCCGGAGAACCACACGAAGCGGAUGCACCAAAGAAGGUGAUGAACGAUGCCAGCGAUAUUGACGAUGAUGUUGUCGAGCUGGAAGAUACUCCAGUGAAACCGAAGAAGGCUGCUCCCAAGAGGAAACUGGGCCCUAAGGCCGAUGGUCCGGCGAAGCCCAAGGCACCAGCUGCCAAGCGUGGCCGUAAGAAGGACAGCGAAGGAACUAGCGAGGACGAAAAGCCCAAGAAGAAACCCAAGAAAAAGAUCGUUGAUAGUGCGUCGGAAAGCGAUGAACCCAUUUACGAUGACGAAGAAGAUUCGGACUUCGAGUAAGCAUUCGUGUUUGCGCCGCCAGAAGGAUGCUUCCUAGGGUAAGGAUGAAUGCUGUCUAAGUCGCAGCACUGUUUCUCAUUGUCGGAACCUACUUGUCGAAGGACUCCCAUCAUUACUGGUCGAAAUUCGUUCAGUUGUCCUGAAACGAACGGAAACUUGUCGUCUAGCAAUUAAGAAUAUGCCGUUGUUUUUUUUACAAACAUAACAAGCACAUCUUGAAACCGAGUUAUUGAGUUGAGUUUUCGAACAGAAUAUUUUCAUUGUUUGAGGCAUCGUUUCCCAUUAGCAUUUCACUUGGACCUGAAUAACAGAAACCAGCUUUUUUAAUGACACUAUAGACGUAGUUUUAAAAAAAUCAUUAGCACAACAAUGAUUAGAACGGUAGAAUCAUAUUUUGCACCCAAGCGUAAAUGUUAAGCUAAUUUAUAUAUUGAUUUAUGUGAAACUUUUACGUUUUUUGAUAAAAGAUAUUUCAGUA